AUGGAGACCCAUCAAAGAAACCCCAAAAAGAGAGAUCGUGAUGAGGAAGAGGACAAUGGGUUUCCCAGGAAGGAGGAUUUUCCGCCGCCGCCGCCUGCGGCGGCGGCGGCGGGUGAUCGGAAUCUGAAGGUGAAGUUGAGGAUCGACAAAAACCCUCGAGCUGGGGAGUCGCCGGAAAAGAAAGAUCACGUGUGUGUGGAGUGUAACAAGAGGUUCAGCUCCGGGAAGGCUUUGGGAGGUCACAUGAGCAGCGCCCACGUUCAGGCCAACCGGGACUACUCGUACCGGAAGAAAAAACAGGUGGUCCGCGGCGGAACCUCCGGCAAGGGUUCCGACGAGGACGGCGGCGGAACGGAGGAGGAGGAGUCGGAAGAAGGCCGGCGAGAGUACUACCGGGAUAAAGACGGCCAGAUCAGAUGCCCCCACUGCUGCAAAAAGUUCCCGUCAAGAAAAUCGUUGUUUGGGCACAUGCGAUGCCACCCUGAUAGAUACUGGAGAGGGAUGGAACCUCCGCCUCUCCACCACCAAACCCUCACCAUCUCCGACCACCAAACCCUCGCCAUCUCCGACCACCACAACACUUACAAGUCUUCUUCUUCAGAAGAAGAAGAAGACGAGAAAGACGAAAAAGAGAUCUCUCCUGAGGGAGUAAUUGAUUUGCAAGGAUAUCUAUCCACCUGGGCAUCAACCGCCAAAAGAGGCCGCUCUCCGAUCAACCGAAGAAUCUCCUCCACCUCCUCCGGCGACGACUCCGACGAGGAACUCCAGGAAGCCGUCCACCAUCUGGUAUGUCUGGGCAAUGCCCAAAACCCUAACCCUGAAAUUAACCCUGGUUUUAUGGGUAAGGGCAAGGAAAGAUUGAGCGAUAAUGAAGACGACGACUCAGAAGAGCUGACAAAAUGGAUUAAUCCCAAGAACAUUGAUUGCCCUAACGAAAACGCUUCAGUUCCAGCACCAUCUAAUAACAACAAUAACAAGAAAAGAAGAAUUCUUUUGAUGGAAAGUGAAGCGGAAUCACCAAAAGAGGCCAGUAGCGAUGAUUAUUCCGAUCAGAAUAUUAAGCUCUUCAAAUGCAGCACCUGCAACAAAAGUUUCUCCAGUCACCAAGCUCUGGGAGGCCAUAGAUCAAGCCACAAUAAGUUCAAGCUCAGUGUCCAAAACACCAUUGAUGACUGGACCAACGCUUCUGCUUCUUCUGCUCCACUCCAAAACCCCCAAUCCUAUCCACAAACUGUUGCAAACCCCCAUGAAAACAACAACAAUGAUGCCUCAAAUGCUAGCUCAAAGUACCAAUGCAGUGUCUGCAACAAAGUUUUCGCGACCGGGAAAGCAUUGGGAGGCCACAAGAAGUGCCACUCGACACCUCAAUUGAUUCAGCCUGCUCUUCCUAAUUCCCCAGAAAGAUCAUCAACUCCCAGAAACAACACCAUUGAUGAUGAGGAUGAGGAUGAUGAUGAACCUAAGCACCUGGAUUUCGAUCUCAAUGAGAUUCCAAAUGAUGGGUAA